CUAAACUUUGUGCUCCUUUGAGGGGGACAGUGUUGCAUUCAUCUUUGCACUCCUGGCAUCUAGCAGUGUUGGCAUAUAGUAGGCACUCAAGAAAUGUGUUUUGAAUGAAAGAUGCCUGUGACAAGCAACUGGACUUUAUUCUUACCUGACCCUUGCUCCUGAGACACGCCUCUCCUGGCUGCCACUGUCAUCCCUUCAGAGCAGAACUUCUCUUCUCUGAGGGAGCCAGAAGGGAAACAGCUAUGGCCAAGGACAUCCUGGGUGAAGCAGGGCUGCACUUUGAUGAGCUGAACAAGCUGCGGGUGCUGGACCCAGAGGUUCCCCAGCAGACCAUAGAGCUCAAGGAAGAGUGCAAGGACUUUGUGGACAAAAUUGGCCAGUUUCAGAAAAUAGUUGGUGGUUUAAUUGGGCUUGUUGACCAACUUGCCAAAGAAGCAGAAAAUGAGAAGAUGAAGGCCAUCGGUGCUCGGAACUUGCUCAAAUCUAUAGCAAAGCAGAGAGAAGCCCAACAACAGCAACUUCAGGCACUAAUAGCAGAAAAGAAGAUGCAGCUAGAAAGGUAUCGGGUUGAAUAUGAAGCUUUAUGUAAAGUGGAAGCAGAACAAAAUGAAUUUAUUGACCAAUUUAUUUUUCAGAAGUGA